AUGAAAUUUAUAAAUUUAUUAUCAACAUUAACUUCAUUUUCAUUAAUUUCCCAAACACUUUCUGCACCAACAGGUAAAAAAAGAGAUGAUGCCUCAAAUAAUAAUAAUGAUGUUGUUGUUGUAAAACUUAAAACAACCAUUCAAAAAACUCAAACAAAUACUCAUAUUGUUAAUGCACCAACUUCAACUUAUACAAAUUGGAUUGUUAGUGCAAGUACUAAAACAGUUACUCAUUAUACUGCUACAGUAACAUCAACAAUUUGGGGAGUUGCACAUACUUAUACUAGUGUUGCAACAACUCCAAUUUCUGCUGCUGAUGUUCAACCAAUAAGUGAAAAUGAGGUAACCAGUUCCUCAACUGAAGCUGGUAAUAUCGCUACUACGGAAACCACAGAACAAAUUGCGGAGACAACUCAAGCAGCCAAUCCAACUACAUCAUCUUCCUCAUCUUCAACAACAUCAACUUCAACUACAAUUGCUGCUCAAGCUACUACAAGCUCACCAGCUGCUCAACCAUUAACUAAUAAUAAUCCAAUUGCAAAACCAACAACUUCAACUACUUCAUCAUCUUCAAGUACUAGUUUAGUCCAACCAUCAACUUCAAGUUUGACAGCAGCUCAAACAACUACUUCGACAUCAUUAGAACCAGCAGGAACUACAGAUAAUACAGAAUCAGAUGGUCCAACAAUAACACAAGCAAAUAAUGUACCUACAUCAACUGAUUCUUGGAUAAUUGAAAAUGUAGAAACUGUAACAUCUUCUGGAGUUUGUUAUAUUAAUUAUGAUUAUUAUUAUGCUAGUGAAGAUGCUGAAACUACUGUCACGCUGACAUCUACAAUUUUUGCUACUGUUACACUUAGUUGA